UCGCACUUCAAGCUUCAGCGUCCAAGUUGUGGGUCCAACCUCAUGAGGAUCAUGGACUCACAAGCUCAACGCCUUGCAUGCAACACUAUUCUUCUGAUAGCUCUUCGGAUCGAAAUCAUGGGAAAAGAUGGCAACAAAUUCCGUUCUGACGGCUACAAUUGUACCAAAGACGAGGACUUCCACAUCUUCAAAAGGGUGUAUACAAGGCAGUAACGCUGAAAGUCCCAGCCUAGCUCAUCACUGAUAUCACCGAACGCCGACCCGAAGAAGUUCCCAGCACUGCUAUGUUUCAUUUUCGGUUUAUCGAUGCCUCGUUGACACUGACAGCUGGCUAGGCACGCGAAGCUCUUUUCCGCUCUUUUUUGACCGCCGCAUUCGUUCGUCUAUAUGCCAGUCAUUGGAGUACGGCCUAGAACCCGCAUGAUACCUAGAGCCCCGCGCAGAUUGGGUCGGAAGCUUGUCAAGCUUGUCGCAAUCUUUCUCCUAUUCAUUUUGAUUUUUUUCAUUCUACGAGAAGCGAGUCGGUUUACCUCCAAAGACCAAACUCAAAGCGGAAAGGAUACAUCGCAGACGCAAUCCGAGCGUGAAAAAACCGAGCCCUUCACUUCCCAGAAACGCACACGACAACGAGCAUACGCGUCGACGACCUGGUUAGCGCAUUCUGAAUAUCUUGAUUCACACCAACAUCUUCCUUCCGGCCUCCUAGAAGUCAACCCAUCGUCUACCAGUACCCGUCCUCAUCCAAUCCACCAGCUAUUAAAACGUUCCCAAACCCUCUGGCAGACCAAACUCUCAAAGGGAUCAAAAAACCUUCGCGAAGCCGUAACCGAGUAUAAACGACGUUAUUCGCGUCCUCCACCAAUAGGAUUUGAAAAAUGGUGGGCGUACGUGCAAAAUCAUCAGGUGCGAUUGCCGGACGAGUAUGAUCAAAUUUGGAGGGAUAUAGAGGUCUUUUGGGGUUUCGAUGUUGAUGUCUUGGAGAGAUCUCAUCGGAGGUUCCUUAAUCGGCACCUCAGAGACGGCGUUUAUAUCAUAAAGAAGGACAGUUGGGAUUCAUCGAUACAGCAUACACAGAGCCUACGGAACACCAUCGCGGGCGACUUCAUCAUUGCGUUGCUGCAGUAUUCAGACGUCGCAAAGCACAUCCCACCGUUCAAAAUUAUGGUCAAUCCGGAUGACAGACCGGUUGUUAGGAAGGAUUGGGGGCUUUGGGAGAGGGCAGUCAAAGCUGCCAGGCAUGGCCAGGUCCUUACAUCUCGUCCUGAAGCUGAACAUGCACCUAGACCAGGCUUUCUAUCAUCCUGUUCGCCAUCCUCUCUACCCCAAUAUCCGACUUCUCUUUUUCCUCCUCGUCGCCAACGGCACAUCAAGCCUUCCUUACGUCUCCCUCAUCCAGAAACACGAGAGCCUCACACUCUGAUACAUGAUCAUUCGAGCGCUACGAAUCCUUGUCUGAACCCCCACCUGUUCAGGGCUCACGGGCAGUUUCUAAGCUUCGAUGGAGGGAGAGGAGCGCACCUAAGAUCUGGCGGAUUGGGUGAAGAUAUUGACUCGGGAGGAGAAGAAGGCUGGGUCGGAGUGAUAUCGUUCUCGCCCACGGAGCUCCAUGCCGAUAUCACGGCAGCUAUUCCUUUAGAGUGGAUCGAUGAUUCAGAGGAAUCUGACGAAUCGUAUACGAAUAACGACGGACAAGUACUCAUGAACCCAUCAGAACCGGAACGAAAUCACCCCAGAGAGCUUACAACUCAAUCUCAGCAAUCGGAAAUCCCUCAAGGACGGUGGGCUCGCAAAACCGAUCAACGUCUACAUUGGAGAGGUACCAACACGGGAAUGUUUGCGGGAGACGGUCUGGAGUGGGAUUUAGGCCAGAGGGUCCGGGGAGUGGAUUUUUUGGCCGGGGCCAAUAACCCAGAAGGAAGCAUUCCACCUCCGUUUGCAUUUCCAGAUGAGCUUGAGGUACUCGAUCCGAGGCAUGGUCUAGAAAAUAACGGGGUAUUAACUGUCAAUCGAACACUGUAUACUUCAAAGUUCAUGGACGUCUCGUUCGCGAGCCAUCCUACUUCGUGUUCUGACGAUGUGUGUGAGAAGCUGUUGAAGCGAUAUACUUGGGCCGUUCCAGUAGAGAGAACCGGGGUAGGUGAAAAGAGGAAGUUUAUGUUGGAUAUGGACGGGAACGCGUGGUCGAGCCGGUUUAAACGACUCAUAAGUUCGGGAUCGGUUGUGUUCAAAGCUACUGUUUAUAAUGAAUGGUGGACAGACCGUAUACAACCUUGGGUGCACUACGUACCAGUGCAAGUGGACUUUUCGGAUUUGUGGGAUAUUUUUGUGUUCUUUCGCGGAGUCAUUGGUCUUGGGGAUAGCAGCGGUGACGAAGAAGGUGCCAGUGGUGCGCACGAUGAGUUGGCGAAGGAGAUUGGGGAUCACGGGUACGAAUGGAGUCGGGCGUUUUGGAGACGAGAAGAUAUGGUUGCUUAUAAUUUUAGAUUACUCUUAGAAUAUGCAAGGGCUACAAGCCGUAAUAGGGAUAGGAUGUCGUAUGUUUAUAACCCAAAGGACGAAGUAUAAGUAUCGCCUUAUUUGUUGCUGUCGUUAGGCAAUCGGACUGUUGAUGUAUCUUUUCCUUUCGUCACUUCGAUUGUAAUUGGACCAUUCAACUGUACCUUU